AUGGACCCGGCAAAAUCGAUGUCCUCUGGCAUGACCGUUAAACUGCAAGGAGCCCCAUCGGCUUACCAUGUGGCUUCAAGAGUUGACGGAUUGGAAACUAGUUUGUCACAAUUCACUUCACCAACAAUGAGUGCAAGUUCGGAUAGGAAGAAGAGAGGAAGGCCUCGGAAAUAUAAACCCGACGAAUCAUUAGGAGUGUCAUUUCAGACAUCACCAUCUCCAACUUAUGUGGAACCGAAUAGGCUAGCUGUCUCAGAGCCAGGAAGUGGGAAAAAGCACAAGAGCAAAAUCGGGACCGAAAAAUUGGAUGAUUGGAUUGAAUGUUCAACCGGUUCAAGUUUACUACCGCACGUGAUCACCGUCAACACUGGAGAAGAUAUCACCACCAAGAUAAUGGAGUUCGCUCGGCAAGGUCCACGAGCCGUUUGCAUUGUAUCCGGCAGUGGGAAUGUCUCGAAUGUCACUAUUCGGCAUCCCAAUUCAUCGGGUGGCAUUUUGACAUACGAGGGCAUAUUUGAAAUUCUUUCCCUUUCCGGAUCCUUCACGCCAACAGAGAUGCCCGACUCAAAAAACGGGAGAUCGGGCAAUUUGACAAUUACUUUGUCCGGUGCAGAUGGCCGUGUUGUGGGAGGCUUAGUUUCUGGAGUUACCAUAGCUGCCACCCCUAUAAAGGUUGUUGUGGCAAGUUUUCUACUAAGCAGCAAUUCAGAUGAGUUCAAACCCAAGAAUCAGCUCCUGAUAAGUGGAUCAGGGCCGAUGGGCCAGCCCGUAUCCAAAUCAGAAAAUCAUAGCUCCAAUGGCAUACAAGGGCCCAGAGGGACUUAUUCGCCAACUCCGAAUAAUUGGAACUUAAUGCAAAAUGCAGAAAGAUCAAGAAAGUCCAAUGUGGAUUAA